AACUUGUAAAGUUUAGUAAAAACCUACAUAAUACUGCAAAUAACCUUAAAAUUGCUUGUAUGGUCCUUCGUAGUUGCUAUGUUACAAAUGCUUCAUCCGUUCAGAAAUUCAUUGUUCUGCAUCGUAAAAUUACCAAUUACAUCACAGUCUACAAUAGGGUGAUUUUACCAUCUGCGAGCGUAGUUGUUCAAAAUAUUCAAGAUUUUAUUGACACCUAUAUUGCAUUAAGCUAUGAUGAUUUCAAGGAAUGUAUCGAGAAUUUAGCUAAUAGUGCUCAUAAGAACCAAGAAAUGGCUUCCUAUACCAAGUUACUUCACCAGGAAAUUCUUGCCAAUUUUAAAAAUAAAGAAAACAAUGUAAAUAUUGUUUUGAAAAAACUUGAAAAAGAUACAGAUGGUAAGGAAGACCUUGUUAAAGCAAUUGCAAGUGAAGAGGAAUCAAAGUUAGCUAUAGCUGCUACAUUCAUUAUUCGAGAUGUCUUUUAA